AUGUUCGAGAUGAAGAAAACCAUUGACGCCUUAGUUGUUUUAGCAGGUAAGGUUUCAGAAUAUAACGCAAAAAUGAAUCCGCAAUGUUCAAAAUGUAAAGCAGCAAUGAGGAAAUAUAACUACUCCGUCAAAGAGAUAGAACGUAUGCGAAACGACUAUGCAGAUUUAAAGAAAGAAGCAGAGAAACCAGCAGAAGAUAAAAUGGACAUGUUGACAUUUCUAAACAAAAACUAUCCAACAGCUGACGAUUUCCUAUUAUCUGACGUCAAGAAGAAGUAUAAAGAAACCUUCGGCAUAGUUAAAACAUUCGAUGUACUAAAAGAAGAAAUAGAAGCUACAAAACUGUUUAAAGUCAUGAACCAUCGCAACAUAUACCAUGUAAAACGCUUGUAA